CGCCGGUAGUCUCUCUGAUUGCCGCCUAAGUAGUGAGGAAAACAGUUAAUCGAUCUUGUAUAGUUGAAUGAGGAUCCUAGGAAAGUUUCUUCAGAUCCGUAAUGGUUUCGUGAUAAGUAGUAAGUGUAUCGGUACAACCGCUACGAUGGCUAAGAGUAAAUUCGACUACGUGAAAGAGUUUGAGCUGGACGAUAAAUGUCUACCUAACUGUUGGAUUGUGGUUAGGAUAGACGGUCGUAAUUUCUCGGCGUUCACCGAGAAACAUGAUUUCGCCAAGCCUAACGAUCCUGGUGCACUCGAACUUAUGAAUCGAGCUGCUAUUACUGUCAUGGAAGAGUUCCGCGAAAUCAUCAUCGGCUUUGGGCAAAGCGACGAGUACUCAUUUGUCUUUCGUAAAGACACCACGUUGUUCAAUCGUAGGGCAUCAAAGCUCAUGUCCAAUGUGAACUCGUUGUUCUCCUCUUCAUACGUGUACUACUGGCCAUGCUUCUUUAAGAAACCAUUGCAGUACCCACCAGCCUUUGAUGCUAGAGUAGUGCUGUAUCCUACUGAUAAGAAUCUCAGAGACUAUUUAGCUUGGAGACAGGCUGAUCUUCAUAUCAAUAACCUGUAUAAUACAUGUUUUUGGAAUUUAGUCCUCAAAAAGAACAUGAAACGGCAGGAGGCCGAAGAGAAAUUGAGUGGCACUCUAGCUGCACAUAAAAACGAGCUUCUAUUCCAAGAGUUCAAAAUUAACUAUAACAAUGAACCUGCAUUGUUUAGGAAGGGAACCACUCUUAUAAGAAAACUAGUGCCAAACGAAAUGGGUCGUUUGAAACCUACAGUAGUGCCUCUAACGGACGACAUUAUUGCAGAUCGUUUCUGGAAGGAGAACCCUGAAGUGAUUGGUAUGAAAAGUUUAGGAACUUAUCAGCCACCUUUGAAAGCACCUCUUGUUCCUGGUGGUUUCAAUCCUACAGCAGUGAAUGCUGUUAUUCCACCAAUGUCAAUGAGGCCUAUGCUUCCUACUAAUAUCAUACCACCUCAUACAAUGAUCAAUUCUGCACUUCCAAAAAAAACGAUCGAAUCUAAUCAUCAAGAUGCCAAUCGUGAACUAAAUAGAAAUGGAGAUAUUAGUGGCCACAAAUAGUUAUUUAUAUAAACCUACUUAUACCUAAAUCAUUGACUAGUAUUCAGUUAAUAUUACCUUCUGCUCUAUAUUUUUAAACAGAGCAGUUACAUAUUGUAAUGAGUGAAAAUUCAGUCCUUUCGUAAGCUUGUGAGAUUUUAGUUUUACAAUUUUCUACUUAUAAAUGAGAAAAUCAGUAUAUUUGCUGCAUUUAUGGUUAUAUUCAUUUUAUUACAUCACUUAUUAAACUUACAACGUAAAUUAUUUUAUUUAAUUAUUUAUAUAUAGAGAGGUUGUCAUUCUUGAUAAUGACUACCUUUGAUUCAUCUCUAGAUACAAAAUGAAAAAUUGAAAGUCACUGAUAAAAAAUCCUGACUGUUGCUUCAGUAAAAAUUCUAUAGAUACAAAAUUAUAUCUAAAAUUUACAUUAGUUAUUAUUAAAAUAUAAUUUUUUUUAAAUUCUUUAACAAGGUUUAUUUUGUUUUAACAAAUUACAUUUAUAAUUAUAGUGACCUUAAACAUACUAGUUUUUGAGUAAUUAAAAAGUUUCUAAUCUACAUUUUUAAACAACCUAAUUUGGUAGACAAGAAAAUAAUCCUCAAAAUAUGAAAAGACAAAAACUAAUUUAUGCAUGAAGAAUAUAUGUAAACGAUUUUUUAAUAGUACUCAUAUGAGUCUGGUUUUAUUUAUUUGUAGCAUAUAGUGUCAAUUGUUGAAUCUAUUGAUAAUAUUUUUGUAUCUUUAUCAUAAGACAUGUUGAGAAAAUAAAGCAUUUUUUGAAUAUGCACAAUAAUGUAUUUUAUAUAAUUUUACAUUGGAGGCUACAGAAAUGUACAUUCAAUUUUCAUCACCAUGACAAUGACGUGGAAUGCAAUUAACGAUUUACUGAAUAAAAUAAUAGUACAUUUUUGUAAUUUAUACCAUGUACAUAACAUAUUAACAAUUAAAAGAUAGAUAAUACUUCUCGUGAUACAUUUGACAUUGAAAAUAAAACUAUUUACAUGUUUACUUCUGCUUUUCAAUGAUUCUGUUGAUUGAUGGUAACAAUUUAGAAUAACUAAACUCCACAAAAAUAUUUUGUUGGUAGUUGUCAAUAAUAUUAUGAGCCUUUACAUAUGUUCAUGUGAUUUCAAAUUACAGCAAAGUAAA